UCAGACCAGUCCUGCUCCGGAGCGUUCCUGGAGCCCAAGCUCUUCUGCACAGAGGACGGAGCAGGCAGCAGAGACCAUGGAGCCCCCCUCAGCCCCUCCCCGCAGAGGUCGCGUCCCCUGGCAGGGGCUCCUGCUCAUAGUCCUACUUGUAACCUUCUGGAACCCACCUGCCACUGCCCAACUCACUAUGGAAUCGGUGCCACCCAAUGCUGUGGAGGGGAAGGAUGUUCUUCUAGUCGUCCACAAUCUGCCACAGGAUGCUCUUGGCUACAACUGGUACAGAGGGGACAAGGUGGACAGCAGCUAUCGAAUUGCAGGAUAUGUAACAGUCACUCAAGUAAACACCACAGGGCCUGCAUACAGUGGUCGAGAGACAAUUUACCCCAAUGGAUCCCUGCUGUUCCAGAACGUCACCCUGAAUGACACAGGACACUACACCCUACAACUCAUAAAGGCAGAUCUUCAGAAUGAAGAAGUAACUGGACAGUUCCGCGUGUACCCGGAGUUACCCAAACCCUCCAUCACGAGCAACAACUCCAGCCCCGUGGAGGACGAGGACUCCAUAGCCUUAACCUGUGAACCUGAGACUCAGGACACGACCUACCUGUGGUGGAUAAACGGCCAGAGGAUCCAAGACAGUGACAGGGUAGUGAUGUCCCUGAACAACAGGACCAUUAUUUUACUCAAUAUCACAAGGAAUGACACAGGACCCUAUGAGUGUGAAAACUGGAACCCAGGGAGUGGCAACCGCAGUGACCCGGUCACCCUGGAUGUGCUCUAUGGCCCCGACGUCCCCACCAUUUCCCCCCCAGACUCCUAUUACCGUCUAGGUACAAACCUCAACCUCUCCUGCCACGCGGCCUCUAACCCGCCUGCACAGUAUUCCUGGCUUUUCAAUGGGAGUCUCCAGCAAUCCACACAAGAGCUCUUCAUCCCCAACCUCACUGUGGAUAAUAGCGGAUCCUAUACCUGUAUCGCCCACAACUCUGCCACUGGCCGCAACAGGACCACAGUCAAGACUAUCACUGUCUUUGGGGAGUUACCCAAACCCUCCAUCACGAGCAACAACUCCAGCCCCGUGGAGGACGAGGACUCCGUAGCCUUAACCUGUGAACCUGAGACUCAGGACACAACCUAUCUAUGGUGGAUAAACGGUCAGAGGCUCCAAGACAGUGACAGGGUAGUGAUGUCCCUGAACAACAGGACCAUUAUUUUACUCAAUAUCACAAGGAAUGACACAGGACCCUAUGAGUGUGAAAACUGGAACCCAGUGAGUGGCAACCGCAGUGACCCGGUCACCCUGGAUGUGCUCUAUGGCCCCGACGUCCCCACCAUUUCCCCCCCAGACUCCUAUUACUAUCCAGGGACAGACCUCAACCUCUCCUGCCACGCGGCCUCUAACCCGCCUGCACAGUAUUCCUGGCUUUUCAAUGGGAGUCUCCAGCAAUCCACACAAGAGCUCUUCAUCCCCAACCUCACUGUGGAUAAUAGCGGACCCUAUACCUGUAUCGCCCACAACUCUGCCACUGGCCGCAACAGGACCACAGUCAAGACUAUCACUGUCUUUGGGGAGUUACCCAAACCCUCCAUCACGAGCAACAACUCCAGCCCCGUGGAGGACGAGGACUCCGUAGCCUUAACCUGUGAACCUGAGACUCAGGACACAACCUAUCUAUGGUGGAUAAACGGUCAGAGGCUCCAAGACAGUGACAGGGUAGUGAUGUCCCUGAACAACAGGACCAUUAUUUUACUCAAUAUCACAAGGAAUGACACAGGACCCUAUGAGUGUGAAAACUGGAACCCAGUGAGUGGCAACCGCAGUGACCCGGUCACCCUGGAUGUGCUCUAUGGCCCCGACGUCCCCACCAUUUCCCCCCCAGACUCCUAUUACUAUCCAGGGACAGACCUCAACCUCUCCUGCCACGCGGCCUCUAACCCGCCUGCACAGUAUUCCUGGCUUUUCAAUGGGAGUCUCCAGCAAUCCACACAAGAGCUCUUCAUCCCCAACCUCACUGUGGAUAAUAGCGGACCCUAUACCUGUAUCGCCCACAACUCUGCCACUGGCCGCAACAGGACCACAGUCAAGACUAUCACUGUCUUUGGGGAGUUACCCAAACCCUCCAUCACGAGCAACAACUCCAGCCCCGUGGAGGACGAGGACUCCGUAGCCUUAACCUGUGAACCUGAGACUCAGGACACAACCUAUCUAUGGUGGAUAAACGGUCAGAGGCUCCAAGACAGUGACAGGGUAGUGAUGUCCCUGAACAACAGGACCAUUAUUUUACUCAAUAUCACAAGGAAUGACACAGGACCCUAUGAGUGUGAAAACUGGAACCCAGUGAGUGGCAACCGCAGUGACCCGGUCACCCUGGAUGUGCUCUAUGGCCCCGACGUCCCCACCAUUUCCCCCCCAGACUCCUAUUACCGUCUAGGUACAAACCUCAACCUCUCCUGCCACGCGGCCUCUAACCCGCCUGCACAGUAUUCCUGGCUUUUCAAUGGGAGUCUCCAGCAAUCCACACAAGAGCUCUUCAUCCCCAACCUCACUGUGGAUAAUAGCGGAUCCUAUACCUGUAUCGCCCACAACUCUGCCACUGGCCGCAACAGGACCACAGUCAAGACUAUCACAGUGUUCGAACCAGUGGCACAGCCCUCCAUCCAAGGCAGCAGCACCACAGUCACAGAAGACAAGGACUCCGUGGUCCUGACCUGCCUCACAAGUGACACUGGAAUCUCCAUCCAGUGGAUCUUCAAUAACCAAAAUCUGCAGGUGACAGAGAGGAUGCAGCUGUCACAGGACAACAUCACUCUCAGCAUAAACCCUGUCAAGAGGGGGGAUGCCGGGGAGUAUCAGUGUGAGGUCUCCAACCCAAUCAGUUACCACCGAAGUGACAUCUUCAGGCUGACCGUGGAAUAUGGUUCAUCACACGGAAAUUCUCUGAGCCUCUCCGCUGGAGCCAUUGCUGGCAUCGUGAUCGGAGUCCUGGCUUGGGUGGCUUUGAUUUAGCAGCCCUGGUGUAUCUUCAGGAAGACUGGCGGGUCAGAACCACUCUGACGACUCACCUGACAAGAUCGAUGAAGUUGCAUAUACUACCCUGACCUUCAAAGCCCAGGAACCAACACAACAAACUUCUGCUUCCCCGUCCUCAGCCACAGAAACGGUUUAUUCAGAAGUGAAAAAGAAGUAAUGCAACCUGUCCAGCUCACUGCACUGCUGAUGUCUUCCAAGUCUCUCACUCUCAUCUCUAGGAGAUCCCAUUACCCUAAGGGGAGAAGGGAAGAAGUCUCCCCCACCCUCUCUUCCCUAAUAGGCACCUCCUGGCUGCCUGGUCACGCCCUUCCCUUCAAUGUCAAUACAUGAAAUGGUACAUCCGGGAAUCUGGGAGUCUGUAGGAAACCCAACCUUUCUUGUCAUUGAAAUUUGACAAAGGCCAACUUGCAACAGAGUUGCCAGAAGCUCCCCACCCCUCCCCCUUUCCCCAACCUGGACUUGCUUUAAACUUAUCUAUUUAGCACCCACCCAAGUCCUGUCCUACCAGAGUCUAACUUGAAUUUGCCGUAACCUUGAGGUUAUGCCCUUCUCCACUGAAGUACAUGUGCCAGAAAAAAAGAGAGAGAGAGAAAGUAAAGGCAGUAAUGGCCUCUCCUUUCUCUCCAAAGACUGGUGUGAACCCACCAUACCCAGAAAAUGAAAUAUAUAACCCAUAGUGACCUUGGAAAUCCUAUACUUUUGUCCACUGUCAGGGUGGUCUACCUACAGGAUCAGGGUCUAGGCAUCUUGCUGCUUACCUAAGCCCUUUGGAAAACCUCUCUCCAGAGAACCCACUAGAAUCAACUAGGAAAACUAUUUGCCAAGGCCCACAGGCACUUCCUGAUGGAAAAUGCAAAACUGCACUUAUGUUUUAAUAUCUUUAUGGGCUUUAUUCAAGGAAGUGUUGAAAGAGGGAGGCGGUACAGCUUUGGGAGAAAUAAGCCUUUUUUUAUUAUUUUUUUUUAUUUCAGCAUAUUAUGGGGGAAACAAGCCUUUAAUAGACACAAUCUGCUGGGAACUUGGGAAAUGAAUCAGAGAGCUACCCUUCAGAGAUUAUUUAAAUUAUUGUUUAAAACUGCACAAUCUGAGGUAUUGGGGUUUUUCUCCUUUUCUCUGAGACAUUCUGCCAUUUUAAUUUUUGUAACAGUUUAUUUAUGUGAAAAGGGUUAUUUUUACUUAGAUUAGCUGUUAAGCCAAUCUGACUGCCUUAGGUGAAAGAAGCCACCACAAAACCUCAGGUCUCUAGGUCAAGAGCCUCUCGAGGCUUUUUGUCAGAGGUUCCAAAUAGAAAGUAAGAAGAGGCUUCCUCGUUCAUGGCUAGAAAUGGAUCUAACUCAGUUUCUAGGCACCUCAGACCAGUCAUCAACGAGCAUUCUAUUCCACGUCUCUCCCUGUGCAUCUUCUGUCUGCCCCACUCACUGUCUCAGGAAACCUUGCCUCCGCUAAGGUGCAUUUGGUCCUUGAGAAGUGGGAGUAUCCUACAGGGACACUAUCACCCAUGCUGGUGGCAUUGUUUACAACUAGACGGCUGUACUGGUGCUAAUACCCUUGGGAAACAGGGCUGUGAGAGGGUGUUAGGACAUGGGGGGGCUUGUUAUAACUCAGCCCUAGGCAUCUUGAACAGCCUGUGAGAUCUAUCUUUUUUCCCAUGGGAUCCGUGAACAUGUAUUAGAAUAAAAAGGAAGGGCAGGAGGAGAGGCAAACGUGCUUCUCACUCAGCUUUCUUCUACACAGAUGGAAUCUCUUUGGGGCUCAGAGAAAGGUUUUAUUCACUAUUGCCUACUUGAUCUCAUGCUAUGCCUAAGAGGCCUUCUCCAAGAGAAUUAGUUGGAAAUUCCAUGAACUCAGGUACCUCUUUCAGGGUUUUCUAACCCUGACAUGAUUGUACAUACUUUCCCUCAUCCAUGCUAUGCUGUUAUUUAAUUUUGUCUGGCUAAGGCCACUUCCUAAUUAUUUGUAAAAUUUGUUCUAUAUUUCUAAUAAAAAUAAUAUAUCAGACAUCAA